AUGGCAACAGAGGUCUGCUCGGCGAGUCCAAGAAUUUCGUUCUCCCACGGUAUUCCAAACGGUUCGGCUGCAGGCGGUGAAAGUCAGAGAGCGGAUGGUUUCCUUCCGCUAGAACAAGGGGAGGGAGAUUUCAACUUCAGCAUUGGCUUCCCGAUCUCGGCAGAUCACUCGUCCAAUGCAGAUGAGCUCUUCUCCAACGGCAAAAUACUCCCCUUCUUCAAGAACCCUAGCCCAGCGGACAAGAAGCUUCACGGCCCGCAGCCACGGCUGGUCCUGGACCGUCGCGGCAGUCUCCGUGAACUCAUCGACUAUUCUACUGGAUCUAGCGACGAUAGCGCUUCAACAGCCAGCGAAAUCCGUGGCACCGGCCGGCGGUCGUUCUGGAGAUUCGGCCGAAGCAGCAGCGUUGGUAGCGUGCUUGAUCCUGGCCCGAUCUUCUCUUUCUCUCUAAAUCGCUGCAAAUCCACCGGUUCGUUCCCCAAUCCAGCUCGCCGGCAGCAGCAGGUCGCCGGGACUAUGGUUGGGAACUUGAAGCUGCGGUCCAAUUCGAAUCAGAAGAAAACCUAUUACUUCUCUGGAAGCCAAAGAGGCUCCCACGGGGGCGCGAUUCGGAUCAACCCCAUUCUGAAUGUGCCGGCGCCAAUUAUCACGACGGGAGGCGGCGGCGGUGGCGGAGGCGGCUCCGGUGCUUCUAGCGGCGCCAUCGCAGGCAUUUUCGCUUAUCUCCUCUGCAAUUGCGGCGGCGAAGGGAAGCGCGAUGAGAUCGGAGAUUUUCCCACCGCGUCGCAACAGAACGGGACGGCAACCGUUAACUGUGGGCGUUAG